AUGACCACCACUACUACCCAGUGCCUGGCACUCUCCAGAUCGACCAUCCAACCCCUUAAAAGUGACCAUGUAAUCCCAAAGGGUGUCCAUGAGACCAUUCGCCAGAUUCUGCAUCAUGAAUUUCUCAUCACAGAACGAUUACUCCGUGCCAACAUCCGCGAAGGCCUAGUCCUCCCCAUCAUCGGUCUCAUCGCUCGUUUCCUGCCUGCGCCGGCCCUCCUGCUCACGACCCCCUGGACCCAUCUUGCCCUAGUGCUCAUCAAGACCUUCAUCUGCUUCAUCUGCCACCUGUACGUGUUCGAGAUCGUGAACCAAGUCCUCUCCAUCGACGAAGACAUCGCCAACAAGCCGCACCGACCGAUCCCGACAGGCUUGCUCUGCAUCCCCGGUGCCUAUAGACGUUGGCUCCUAAGCUGGGCCAUUUGUCCCGUCGUUGCCAGCCACCUCGCGGGUCCGGAAGCCGCCGGCCUCUUCGGAGCAUACCAAGCUUGGGUAUAUUUCUGCUAUGUCUGGCCAAAGAUCAACCACUGGAUCUUCCGGAACGCGUUUGCGUCCAUUGGUGCAUACAACAUGUUCCGACUCGUGGACACCAUCAUUCACAGCGAGAUCCCGUCGUUCCCGGUCAUGCCGAAGCAUAUCCUCCUCCUCUUCUCUGCAUGGGUAAUGACCACAGUACACAUGCAGGAGUUCCAUGAUGCCGAGGGUGACAGACGGAUGAAGAGACGGACGCUUCCGGUGGUGGUUGGACCCAAGGGGGAACGGCUCCUCCGAGCAGGCACCGCAAUGCUGGUCAUCGGGUCGGGCGUCGUGCUCCUCGUUGCCACAUCUUCUUAUAUCCAGGGCUCUUCCUCCCCGGAUCCACAUUGGAUGGUAGCGGGACUCGUUAUCACAGGCAUCCUGCACAGCAUCUUCGCAUGCAUCGUUGGAUUCCGAUGCGUCUGGCAUGGUGGCGUUGCCUUCGAUCGGAAAACCUAUAAACGGUUUUAUAUGUUGGCGGCGUAUACCAUGAUCUGCUACUUGUCUUUCUGGCAAAUGACGGAGAAGGAGAUCUCGAUCCCGGCCUAG